GAUAAGGGGCAGGAGCGCGGAGCGGAAUCUCGCUUAUUUGGCCUCGAUUUUCUCCGUUUUCCUGUGACAGUCGGCGUGUUCCCUCCGCCGGACGACAGCAUUUGCCUCGCCUUCCCUCUCGCACGGCCCAAAGGAGGUGGAAACUCGCCGGAAGAUGUGGAAACUGGUGUUAUUAACGGCCGUGGUUGGGGGUCAGGCCUUCUACCUGCCCGGCCUGGCGCCUGUCAAUUACUGCACCAAAGGCAACGACGAAGCCAAAUGCGAGUCCCACAUUCCGUUGUUUGUGAAUCGGCUGAAUUCCGAGGAGUCGGUCAUCCCCUACGAGUAUGACCACUUCGACUUCUGCAAGGUGGACAAUGCCAAGGACACGGUGGUCGAGAACCUGGGGCAGGUGGUGUUUGGCGAGAGGAUCGAGUCGUCUCCGUAUGAGAUUGAAUUCAUGAAGAACGAGACCUGCAAGACGGUCUGUUCAAAAUCCUACGACCCCAAGAAGACCGCCGAUUCUGUGCUUUUGAAGGAGCUCAAGCGGGCCAUGAACUUGAACUAUUAUCACCACUGGAUUGUAGACAAUAUGCCAGUCACAUGGUGCUAUAAAGUUGAGGGAGGAAAUGUUUUUUGCGCAACUGGUUUCCCCGUUGGCUGCUAUGUUGAUGCUGGGAAGAGACCCAAGGAUGCCUGUGUUAUAGAUCCAAGAUACAAGGACCCCAGCACCUACUACAUCUUCAACCACGUAGACCUCAACAUCACCUACCACAGCGGCGAGAAGGAGGAAUGGGGCAGCGCCUUCCAGGGUCACGGAGGCAGGAUCUUGUCUGUGCGUGUAACACCCAAGAGCAUCAAGCAUAGUGAUGUCACAGACUGCAACACUGACGACGUGAUGGGUGUUCCAGAGAACUCGAAGGAGCCCAUCACCAUCAAGUACACGUACAGCGUUACUUUCUCGAAAUCUGUUGGCGACAACCGCUGGUCCUCGCGCUGGGACUACAUCCUGGACUCCAUGCCUCACACCAACAUCCAGUGGUUCAGCAUCCUCAACUCCCUCGUAAUCGUGCUCUUCCUUUCGGGAAUGGUGGCCAUGAUUAUGCUGAGGACCCUGCACAAGGAUAUUGCACGUUACAACCAGAUUGAUGCAGGAGAGGAUGCACAGGAAGAGUACGGCUGGAAACUGGUCCAUGGAGAUGUGUUCCGUCCUCCACGCAAUGGCAUGCUGCUUUCGGUGCUGGUUGGCUCUGGUGUGCAGGUGUUCAGCAUGUCCCUCAUCACCCUAGCUUUCGCCUGCCUGGGCUUCCUGUCUCCGGCCAACCGAGGCGCUCUCAUGACCUGUGCGAUGGUGCUGUACGUCUGCCUAGGAUUCCCUGCCGGAUACACAGCAGCACGACUGUAUAAGAGCUUCGGCGGAGAGAAGUGGAAGUCGAAUGUACUCCUGACCUCCAUGUUGUGCCCCGGCAUUGUGUUCGCCCUCUUCUUCCUGAUGAACCUCAUCUUCUGGUACAAGGGUUCGAGUGCAGCCAUCCCCUUCACCACCCUCCUGGCCCUUCUGGCACUCUGGUUCCUGGUCUCGGUGCCGCUCACCUUCGUCGGCUCUUUCUUCGGGUACAGGAAGAGGACCUUGGAGAAUCCUGUGCGCACCAACCAGAUCCCCCGGCAGAUUCCUGAACAGAGUGUGUACACGCAACCCCUGCCCGGCAUCAUCAUGGGCGGCGUCCUGCCCUUCGGCUGCAUCUUCAUCCAGCUGUUCUUCAUUCUGAACUCCAUCUGGUCUGCUCAGACCUAUUACAUGUUCGGCUUCCUGUUCCUGGUGUUCCUGAUCUUGGUGAUCACCUGCUCUGAGACCACUGUGCUCCUCUGCUACUUCCACCUGUGUGCUGAGGACUAUCACUGGUGGUGGCGUAGUUUCCUCACCUCGGGAUUCACAGCGUUCUACCUCUUCAUCUACUGCGUCCAUUACUUUGUGACGAAGCUCAACAUUGAGGGUGUGGUGUCCACCAUCCUCUAUUUUGGCUACACCUUCAUUAUGGUGUUCCUCUUCUUUAUCUUAACAGGAACCAUUGGCUUCCUCGCUUGCUUUUGGUUUGUGCGAAAGAUCUACAGUGUUGUCAAGGUGGACUAAGUUUCAGGCGUGUGUACUUACUCCUGUGUAUGGUUACUGUCUUCAUGAGAGACUGACUCUGCCUACCAAAGCCCUGUAGAGACGAGCCAGGAAUCUCCCAGCAGAGAGGGAAAACUACCCCGAGGCAGUGACGAAGAAAUUCCGUUAUUGGGCGUGUGAUUCUGUUAUCCCAAGGGCAUUAUAGAGAUGUACAUAAUGCAGUUCCCUCAAGAGCAAAAAAAAAAGGAAAAAGAAGAGACUCGAUCAUUUGUUUGUGUCACCGCUCCAUUUAUUUUUAUUUUUUUCUCUUUUGUGUGUGUAGAAUUUCACCAACAAACCAUUUUUUUUUUUUUUUUUUUUUUUUUUUUUGUCGUGAAUAAGAAGAAAGAGAAAAAAAUUGAGCCAAGAUUUGCAGCGAUUGGCAGACUUGAGUUUGUUAUGGUAUUGUUGUCAUUUUUUUGUUAGUUUUUGUUUUGUUUUUGUUUUGUUUUAUUAGUAUUAUUAUUUUUUUUCUUAUUCUUCCCUCUUUUUGGAUGUAGUCUUGGCUGUGGUAUAAGCUGUCCUUUCUAAUAUUUAUUCAAGCAGAAUAGUGUAGGAAAGUGGUAGUCAGUGUGGGUACGCUAGUAGGUUAGUGAGUGAGUGAGUAAUGACGGACAAACAGACGGAUAGACGGAUAGACGGAUGGACGGAUGGACAAACAGACGGACAGGUGCAAAUAGUCACAGAUAGACAGACACUAAUAUGCAUAUGUAGACAGAAACAGUUAGAGAGCUAAUGCAGGUAGAGGUAGAGAAUGAGUGGAUGAAAAGGUUGAUAGAUAGUUAGAAAGAUAGAUAGAUAUGUACAUGUCAAAUGUACAUUUGUACACAGACAGACAGACAGACAGACAGAGACAGACAGACAGACAGACAGACAGACAGACAGACAGACAGACAAACAGAAAGACACAGACAGAUGGAUAAUUAGAUAAAUAGAUAAAUAGAUAGACAAGUAGACUGUCAGGUAAGAAAAACAAAAAGAGAGAAAUAGAGAGUGAGAUCUGCAAACCAAGAGCUCAAGAAGAAACAAUAGUGCACACGUGUGAUCAAUAGACCCAAUUUCUCUCCGGAUUUUCGAGUUCCCAGAAGAAGAAGAAGCGGACUUUUCGGUUUGGUUUCCCAGUGCAUCCCGCCGCCGAAAAAAAAAAAAAAAAAAUUCCUGUCCUUAUACUAUAUAAGAGUGAAUUAUGUAUGGAAUUACAGUUGCUUAUAUUUCAGUAUUACCACUGUCGAUUUCAUAUAUUGUUCAUAGAGAUAGCUAUAUGAAUGAAUAUGAAUAAAUAUAUACAUAUGUAUAUAUGUUUUAUGUAAAUGGGUGACGUUAUGGUUAAGUGGAUUAUAGUUAUAUUAAAGGCAAGCCAUCUUCGCCUUGUAAAACGUCUCUGCUCGUUUGACGUGUGUUCUGAUUAGAGAUUUUAUUAUUAUUAUUAUUAUUAUUUGUUUAUUUAUUUUAGUUAAUUUCUUUUUAUAUAUAUAUAUUUGGGGGGGGGGGGGGCUUUUAUUUGUAAAUGACUUUUUCAAACUUUUUUUCUUUUCCUUUUUUUUUUUAUCUUUUCUUUUCAAGUUGUUGUUGGAAGUAAUUCCAUCUAUGCCAAGUUUGUCAGAUUUUUUUUUUUCUUUCUUUUUCUUUUUCUUGGUUAGUGUGUGGUACCUUGCGUUAUGAUUUGAAAUGAGAAGCAAAGACAAAAAUAGCUCUGCUGCACAAAUUUAGAUCAUGUUCUUGUUACGAGCUUCUUUUUUAUUUUUGGUUUGCCGGGCAUUGGUGACGUGAGAAAGCCAUAUAUUCACAAUAGAAGUUAAAUAAUCUCUGCUCCCGCGUGUUUGUGCGUGUGUACACAUCUGUGCCCAUGAUUCUGUGCGCAUUUUUGUGUGUGUGCACAUGCGUGUGUGUGCGUGUGUGCGUUUGUGUACAUGUUUUGGGCCAUUGCAGCUAGAUAGAUUGAUUGCAAAGGUAUGAUUGCUCUUUGACUUGCACAUUGUGAUUGUUAUUGCUGUAUAUAUUCAAUUAUUUUUAAAGUGGUUUGUUUCCUGGUAUAUCGAUAUGCAAUUGGUGACCUUUCAUUUCUUUUUUUUCUAGUAUAACACUUUGUUCCUACACUUUAUUCCACUGGCAAUAGUUGAAAGAAGUAAAAACUCCUUAUUCUGUCCACCAAAGUAAAUAGCAUCUAGAUGUUUUUAUUAUUAUUAUUAUUAUUAUUAUUAUUAAUAUUAUUAUUAUUAUUAUUAUUAUUAUUAUUAUUGUUAUUGUUAUUAUUAUUGUGAUCAUCAUCAUCAUUGUAUUUCUUUUCAAAGCUCAUUUGAAUUCGUUAAUGCUGAAAUGUCCAAAGCUGAGACAUUUUCAAUGAAUCCGUUUUUAUGUAACAUGUACAUAUGUUGUACGAUUCCUGGAUGUAUUACUUUCCAGGUGUCAUCAUCGUCAUCCGAAGUUGAACCCCAUAGGAAGUUUAUCGUUGGUAUUUAUUAUUCCCUUUUAUUCUUGGUGUUUUUUUUUUUUAUGUUGUUUUUUUUUCUCUGCUACUACUAUUUUUUUUUUUUCUUUCUUUUUCUUUUUCUUGGUUAGUGUGUGGUACCUUGCGUUAUGAUUUGAAAUGAGAAGCAAAGACAAAAAUAGCUCUGCUGCACAAAUUUAGAUCAUGUUCUUGUUACGAGCUUCUUUUUUAUUUUUGGUUUGCCGGCAUUGGUGACGUGAGAAAGCCAUAUAUUCACAAUAGAAGUUAAAUAAUCUCUGCUCCCGCGUGUUUGUGCGUGUGUACACAUCUGUGCCCAUGAUUCUGUGCGCAUUUUUGUGUGUGUGCACAAUGCGUGUGUGUGUGUGUGUGCGUUUGUGUACAUGUUUUGGGCCAUUGCAGCUAGAUAGAUUGAUUGCAAAGGUAUGAUUGCUCUUUGACUUGCACAUUGUGAUUGUUAUUGCUGUAUAUAUUCAAUUAUUUUUAAAGUGGUUUGUUUCCUGGUAUAUCGAUAUGCAAUUGGUGACCUUUCAUUUCUUUUUUUUCUAGUAUAACACUUUGUUCCUACACUUUAUUCCACUGGCAAUAGUUGAAAGAAGUAAAAACUCCUUAUUCUGUCCACCAAAGUAAAUAGCAUCUAGAUGUUUUUAUUAUUAUUAUUAUUAUUAUUAUUAUUAAUAUUAUUAUUAUUAUUAUUAUUAUUAUUAUUAUUAUUGUUAUUGUUAUUAUUAUUGUGAUCAUCAUCAUCAUUGUAUUUCUUUUCAAAGCUCAUUUGAAUUCGUUAAUGCUGAAAUGUCCAAAGCUGAGACAUUUUCAAUGAAUCCGUUUUUAUGUAACAUGUACAUAUGUUGUACGAUUCCUGGAUGUAUUACUUUCCAGGUGUCAUCAUCGUCAUCCGAAGUUGAACCCCAUAGGAAGUUUAUCGUUAGUAUUUAUUAUUCCCUUUUAUUCUUGGUGUUUUUUUUUUAUGUUGUUUUUUUUUUCUCUGCUACUACUAUUUUUUUUUUUUUCUUUUACUACGUCUAUUACUAGGGCUGUUGUAACAUAGCUUGAAGGUUCGUUUACGUGUGUUUACGUCUUCAUGUGCUCUCCAUCACGCAGCUUAGAGAAAAUGCCUUUCUCUUGUUUUCCUUUUGAGAGAGAGAAGUGUUCGGAGAAGAAGGUGCAAGGGAACAGCCCCGUAAUCAAGGUUGAAGUACAGAGGGGGGGGGUUAUUAGCGGGUUUCAAGGUGCUCUCUAGAAUGGCGGAUUUUAGUCAUUCGGCCUCAGACCUCGUUCGAUUGGCACCAGAAUAUAAUUACUAUCUUCCUCCUUUUUUUUAUUAUUAUUAUUAUUAUUAUUAAUAAAUGUUGUUAUUGAUAUUUUCUUUAUGCAAAAGGAGCUUGCUUCAGCAUUGUAAGAUUGGGAGGACUGGUUUGCUGUGGAUAGGUUGGCGUCAAGCGUGUGCGUCGACUUAAAUUCCGUAACUCUUUCGUCCUAAUGAAUAAUCGUCGUCAUUCAAUUUUUUUUUUUUUUUUUUUUUCCAAAGAAGAGAAUGUUUACUUUAACAAAACAAAGUAGCUUGAGACAUAUGAUGAUUUGUUAGUAGAUGUGUACAUAAUUGUGCGUAAUUAGGCCGGUUGGUUGGCCUGGUCUCCCGGUCGGUUUGAAUGGAGUCCGCUAUGCACUGCCUGUGUAUAAGAGUGUUAAGCCUGAUGAUAUCUUUUGCUGUCUGUGAUUUUUAUCUAUUUGAUUUUUGGGAAAGAGAAUAAUACUGAACUUUUGAUGUAUCUCGUGAUGACAGCAAGUUGUGAGGAAGAGUCGCUUUGUAUAAUGCAGGUGUUCUGAUCUUUCUCUCACUCUAUGUAUUUUUUUUAUUUUUUUUUUAUCUCUCUCCCCCAAUUUGUGAAUGCUGUUGGCUUUUUUUUUUUUUUUCUUUUUUUUUCUUUGAAUAAAUUUGUUUUUGUUGAUAAGGAUAUCUUGAUAUAUAACAGUAAUAGUAAUAAUAUUUAAAGAGAAAGAAAAGGAAUAAUGGAAACAAAAAAAAAAAAAAGUUCUAUGAUGAAUUGAUAGUUUGUAAUGAUGAGCAUUUAUUAAAGUGAAUACUUCACAUUCCUGUUCUAAUGCACCUCAUAAUCCAUGCUGUCUGCGAUGGCCUUUUCUUCUAAAUAUUUUUGUAAAAGUUUGAUGAUACUGAAUUAUAAGAAUGAAUAACAAA